AUGACCCACCAAUCACAUGCUUACCAUAUAGUAAAACCCAGCCCCUGGCCUCUAACAGGAGCCCUCUCAGCUCUCCUACUAACGUCCGGCCUAGCCAUAUGAUUCCACUUCCACACCACUACCUUACUAACACUAAGCAUACUAACCAACGCACUAACCAUAUUCCAAUGAUGACGAGACGUGGUGCGAGAAGGCACAUACCAAGGCCACCAUACAAUACCCGUCCAAAAAGGACUUCGCUAUGGAAUAAUCCUAUUUAUCACCUCAGAAAUCUUCUUCUUCGCUGGAUUCUUCUGAGCCUUUUACCACUCCAGCCUGGCCCCCACCCCCCAACUAGGAGGACACUGACCUCCAACGGGCAUCACCCCGCUUAACCCCUUAGAAGUUCCACUUCUAAAUACCUCCGUACUGCUCGCAUCAGGAGUUUCAAUCACCUGAGCCCACCACAGCCUAAUGGAAAAUAAUCGAAAUCAAAUAAUCCAAGCACUAUUUAUCACUAUCCUAUUAGGCAUCUACUUCACCCUCCUACAGAUCUCAGAAUACUUCGAGGCCCCUUUUACCAUUUCCGACGGCAUUUAUGGUUCUACAUUUUUUGUAGCUACAGGCUUCCAUGGACUCCACGUCAUCAUCGGAUCAACAUUCCUCAUCAUCUGCCUUAUCCGCCAACUACUAUUUCACUUCACAUCCAAACACCACUUCGGCUUCGAAGCCGCUGCCUGAUAUUGACACUUCGUAGAUGUAGUAUGACUGUUCCUAUAUGUCUCCAUCUACUGAUGAGGAUCCU